UGAUUAGCUGUGUUAAUAGGAUUUGGCUUCUGGUUCCAUGUUCUAUGACAUGAGCUUUAAACCACAGAGACUACCCGAGUGACAUUUAGCACCUGAACCUGCAGAGGAGCGACACUCUGACUCAACCUUUGAACAGUAGCCUACCUAGCCAACAACUACUCAACGAUCUAACUGACUGUUCCUUUAUCUGGGCGAUCACACAUCGUUUAGUGACUGAAAGGCUGUUUCUGUGUAGUUAGGCACUCCGGACAACUAACCGUCAAGAUGUCGAUGGACCAGCCGGAGGAUCUGGAGAUGGAGGGAGAGGAGGGGAUCGACUCCAAGGAGCUGAAGAAGCAGCUGGCCGAGUCGAAGGCAGUUAAAGUGCUGAUGUUGGGUGCUGAGGAGUCUGGGAAAAGCACCAUUGUAAAACAAAUGAAAAUCCUUCACCUGGGUGGUUUUAAUAAGGAGGAGAAGGUGUCAUCCAGAGGGGCGAUCUUUGGUAACAUCCUGCAGUCAGCUCUGUCUAUCGUCAGAGGCAUGGGUAUCCUGGGGAUCAAGUACGGAUCACCGGCUGCGGAGGAUGAAGGCACGAAGCUGGAGAACCUAUCCAACUCGACUGAGGAGGGAACCAUGUCUCCUGAGCUGGCUGAGUGCAUCAAGAAGCUGUGGAUAGACCCUGGCAUCCAGGAGUGUUUCGAGUCAGCAGCCGAGGGCUACCAUCUCCUCGACUCCGCUUACUACUUCCUCAGUGACCUGGAGCGCAUCACCCAGGCUGACUUCACCCCUAACGACCAGGACAUCCUUCGGUGCAGGAUCAAGACCGGCGGGGUCAAUGAGGAGAGGUUCAUCUGCAAAGAUGUCAAAUUCAGGAUGUUUGAUAUGAGCGGUAGAAGAGAAGAGAGGAAGAAGUGGAUCCACUGUUUCCAGGGCGUCCAUUGCGUCCUGUUCUGUAGUUCCCUCAGCGCGUAUGACCUGGUGCUGCUGGAGGACGAGGAAAUGAACCGCAUGCACGAGUCUCUCCAUCUAUUCAACAGUAUCUGCAACCACAGGUUCUUCGAGGACACCAUCCACGUGCUCUUCCUCAACAAGAAGGACAUCUUCCAAGAGAAGAUCAAGAAUGUCCACCUCAAUGUCUGCUUCCCCGACUACGACGGGCCUAACACAUAUGAAGACGCCAGCAACCACGUGAAGAUGCAGUUUGAGUCUCUGAACUUGAGGCAGGCGGAGAAACCCAUCUACACCCACAUCACCUGCGCUGUAGAGACACAGGACGUGAACCAGGCCUUCAACACCAUCACAGACGUUAUCAAAACCAACCUAAAAGACGCCGGGCUGUUCUGAGCAGCUCCUGACUGAAGAACUUCCAUCAGCCAACUCACUGGUUUUUAUUGGGCCACUGUGCUGGAGAAGGUGGACAACUGUUUAUCCUGCUGUCAUCGUCACCACCGCCGAGCCCUGGGUUCCUCGGAUGCAUCCCUCUACUACUACAACAACAUCAUCAUCAAGUCCAUUGGGUAGAAAACAGAGUAUCAACAUUUAACAUUUUUGUUGUAAAAAAUAAAUAAAAUGAAAGUGCUCCUUGGACGGCACUUAUAUUGCGUAACGUACCAUUAAACCCCUGAAGCUAGUGUUUAUGUUUUACCUUUAGUAGUCUCCUGCUGUUUCUCUUUAACUUGUAAAAAAAGUUACCAAGUUAACAGCAGAUAUUUGAAAAUGAUCAUCUAUUUUUAAUUGAAUCUAUUUUAAUAGCAUAAACUGUGUAUUGUGAGACACAAGCUUAGACUAAAUAAUAAUAGACCAAACUAUUUUGAUCAGACCAAUAUAUCGUAAGUACUGUGAGAAAGGGAUCGUUUUGAAUAUUACGUUUGUCCUUAUUUUUGAAGUUUAGAGACAAAAUAAAGAUGGAUAGACUUCUCUGUA